CCGGGGCCGCUGCGCGCUCCCGCAGCGCGCUCCCGCUGGCCAAUGGGAAGCGGCCGGGGGAGAGGCAGCCAAUGGGCGGCGAGUCCAUCGCGCGCGCGCGCGCCGCGGACCCGGAAGCGGUCAGAGCGGGGCCACGUGGGGCCGGAGCGGGGCCGAACCCGCACCCGCUCGGCCAUGGAGCUGCUGCCCCGCAGCCCCGCGGAGUUCGGCUCCGCACGGUACUGGGACCGCUUCUUCCGGCAGCGCGGGCAGCGCGCCUUCGAGUGGUACGGGGCCUUCCCGGAGCUCUGCCCCGUCCUGCACAAGUAUGUGCGGCCCCGCGACAAGGUUCUCGUGGUGGGCUGUGGGAACUCGGAGCUGAGCGAGCAGAUGUAUGACACGGGAAUGUGUGAGGACAUCGUGAACAUCGACAUCAGCGACGCCGUGAUCCGCCAGAUGCAGGAGCGGAGCGGGAGCAGGAGGCCAAAGAUGAGCUACCUGCUUAUGGACAUGCUUCAGAUGGACUUCCCUGACGCCCACUUCCAGGUGGUCCUGGACAAAGGCACGCUGGAUGCCCUCCUUACUGAUGAGGAGGAGGCCACUCUGGCCAAGGUGGACCAGAUGUUUGCCGAGAUCAGCCGGGUCCUGCAGGUGGGAGGGCGCUACCUCUGCGUGUCCUUGGCUCAGGCCCAUGUGCUGAAGAAAGCAGUGGAAUACUUCUCCCGGGAAGGCUGGGUCGUGCGUGUCCAUCAGGUGGCCGGCAGCGGGGACGACCAGCAGUUUGUCCUACCAGUCUUUGUCUAUGUCAUGACAAAAUUCAGGAAGAUCCCUGGCUCGGCACCACAGAUCCUGGAGAUCUGCCCCGAGGAGCAGGACAAGCCGAUGCGGGUGGAGAGCGUGGAGCGGCUGGUGGCAGCGGUGAAGGACAGGCAGCAUUACGCCCUGCUCUGCAACCAGCUGAGCAAAACCCCCUGCAGGGAACAGCUUUCCCUGGAUCUGUGUGACAAGGAGAGCGGGAAGCCUCGCUACACACUGCAUGUGGUUGACAGCCCCUCGGUGAAACCUUCCCGGGAAAAUCGCUUUGCCAUCUUCAUCAUUCCACAGGGCAGAGAAACUGAGUGGCUCUUUGGCACGGAGGAGGGACGGAGGCAGCUGGCCACCAGUGCGGGCUUUGGGCGCCUGGUCACCGUGGCCCUUCACAGGGAGCAGCACUACGAGGGCAUGGCUGGCAUCCAGGCAGAGCUGUCAGGGAAGGUGAUGGAGCUGGCCCCACCAGGCCUCCCUGCCCGGCAGCAGGUGCCCUUCCUGUCCGUGGGAGGGGACAUUGGGGUGCGGGCGGUGCGGCACCAGGACACCAGCCCCCUGAGCGGGGAGUACGUGGUGGAGGACGUGAAGGGAGACGGCACCUGCUACUUCCGCCGCCUCAUCUUCCUCCGCAACAGGAACGUGGUGCAGUCGGAGGCCCGGCUCCUGGCUCCCACACCUCUCCCAGGCCAGAAGAAACGGAGAAAAGACAAGAAGAAACCCAGCCCUGCUGAGCCACCUGCAGCCAUCGACAAGAGCUACCUGUGCUGUGAGCACCACAAGGCCAUGGUCGCAGGGCUCUGCCUGCUGGGGGGCCCCGACCCCCUCCCAGGAGCCUCGCUGGCAGUGCUGGUGGUGGGGCUUGGUGGUGGCAGCCUGCCCCUCUUCAUCCAUGACUACUUCUCACAGGCCCAUGUGGCCGUGGUGGAGAUUGACCCCUCCAUGCUGGAGGUGGCGACGCGCUGGUUCGGCUUCUCCCAGGGUGACCGGAUGCAAGUGCACCUCUCCGAUGGCCUGGACUACGUGGCCAAGCUGGCAGCUGAAGCCCCAGCCCAGUAUGAUGCCAUCAUGUUCGACGUGGACAGCAAAGACCUCACGGUGGGGAUGAGCUGCCCACCUCCAGCCUUUGUGGAAAAGCCCUUCCUGCAGAAAGUUAAAACCAUCCUCAAGCCAGAAGGAAUCUUUGUGCUCAACCUGGUGUGCCGUGAUGCCCGGCUGAAGGACUCUGUCCUGGCCACCCUCAGGGAUGUCUUCCCGCUGCUCUACACGCGUCGCAUCGAAGGGGAGGUCAACGAGAUCCUGUUCUGCCAGCCCAGCCCCGAGGGCCGGCGGGACCCUGCGGAGCUGGGGGCGCGUGCCCGGGCGCUGGAGGGGGCCCUGCGGGAGCCAGGGCGCCCCUGGGACAGCUCAUACGUGCUGGCAGACAUGCUGCAGGCUGUCAGGAUCCUCUGAGAGGGGCUCCUCAGGACAGGCUGAGACGCUGCUCAAGAGAGUGCUCCUCAUGUGGGUGCCUUGGCCCCACAGCAGAGGGGUGCCCGUGGCUGGGACUGCCACCCCUGGGGGGCAUGUGCUGGCCUGGGUCUGCCUGAGGGAUGAACUGGCAUGGGAAGGUGCUUCCUGCAGCGUGGCUCCCCAGGAAGGGGUCCGGGACUGAGGAGGGCUGUGCAGCCCAAGGGACAGCGUUGAGCUGGUGAGGGGAGGAAGGUGCUGUGGGACUGGCAGGACUGUGGGUUUGGGUCUGUCCCCAUUGUUUCCCCACUGUGGGAAAAACAUCCCUCCAACCACCUCUUUCCCCUCCAGCACAGUGCCUUCCCUCUGAUGCUGCCUCUCUCUGCCUCUCCAGCAUCCCUGGUGUCUCUGCAGAGCCCUGGUGCUGCCCCAAGCCUGGUUGUGGAUAUGUGUGGGUGGGCUGUGAGAAUAAAGUGCUCAGGGCUGCUCUGA